UGCGGCCCUGGCGAUCGGGGACCCCUUCGGCCCUGCACUCGAGCUGCUACUGGGACAGCCCGCACCGGUCCGGGCGCGCCCGACUGGCGCCAGCAGGGAAAACACACGUGCAGCUGCACAGGCGGGAGCCAAGCGCUGGGGCAGAGGUGUUCACAGAGCGCUGUGCGCCGCGACGAAUGUCCAGCAUUUCCAUGUCCCUGGUUUUUACAGAACUGGUUAUGUUUGAGGAGUUAGUGACCUUCGAGGAUGUGGCUGUCUACUUCUCUGAGAACGAGUGGACCAGCCUGGCUCCCACUCAGAGGGUCCUGUACAGGGAUGUGAUGCUGGAGAAUUAUGGGGCUGUGGCUUCCCUGGCAGUUCCAUUUCCUAAACCGGCUCUGAUUUCCCAGCUGGAACGAGGGGAAGCACCCUGGUGCAAAGCUCCUCAGGGAGCUCUGGACGGAGAGGGCCCGAGGGGCAUCUCCUCAGGAUGUCCAUUUCUAAAGCCUGCUGGGAUCUCCCAUCUUGAGCAGGUGGAAGAGCCAUUGAACCUGAAAUCGCAAGGAGAGGGUCCAAGCCUAAUCUGUACUGAGGGUGUGUUGAAAAGUGAGAAAGAAGAUUGUGCUCUGAAGGAGGAACAUUUUGACGAGCCAAAGGACCACAUGGUGGUAUCACGCAGACCUCGGUGGUAUGGUUCCCAGGAAUUCUGGUUUGGAAAAACCUGUGAGGAGUUAAAAAGCAGGUUAGGGAGAUGGUCUGACUACUCAAAUGGGAGAAGUGUAGAGAACACUGCAAAUGAUAUUAUAGAAGUGAUUGUCAAAGAUGAGAUGGUGUCAGGAGAAGAUAGUUCGGAGAACACUGAUGUGAAUACCCACCUUGUUAUCCAUCAGAAAAUUCUCAGUCAGCGGGUGUUCUAUAUAUGUGAAGAAUGUGGCAAGUGUUUUGAUCAAAAUGAAGACUUUGACCAACAUCAGAGAAUUCAUAAUGGAGAGAAAGUCUAUGGAUGUAAGGAAUGUGGGAAGACAUUCAGUUUUAGAUCACAUUGCAUUGCACAUCAGAGAAUUCACACCGGGUUGAAACCCUAUGUGUGUCAACAAUGUGCUAAAGCCUUUGUUUGGAAAUCAAACCUGAUUCGGCACCAGAGAAUACAUACUGGAGAGAAACCCUUUGAAUGUAAGGAAUGUGGGAAGGGCUUUAGUCAGAACACUAGCCUUACACAACAUCAGCGAAUCCAUACUGGGGAGAAACCAUAUACAUGUAAGGAAUGUGGGAAAAGCUUUACUCGGAACCCAGCCCUACUUCGACAUCAGAGAAUCCACACUGGGGAGAAGCCUUAUGAAUGCACGGACUGUGGGAAAGGCUUCAUGUGGAACUCCGAUCUUGCUCAGCACCAGAGAGUCCACACGGGGGAGAAGCCCCAUGAAUGUACAGACUGUGGGAAAAGCUUUAUCUGCAAGGCACACCUUAUCCGACAUCAGAGAAUCCAUACUGGGGAAAGACCCUAUAAAUGUAAUGACUGUGGGAAGGCCUUCAGUCAGAAUUCCGUUCUGAUUAAGCACCAGAGGCGCCAUGCUAGAGAGAAACCCUGCAAUUGUCUAACCGCUCACUUUCUUGAACAUUAGCAAACACAUAAUAACGGUACUUGUUUGUAAUUCUUACGCACCAGGAACUCCGGAGACAAAACGAGGUGGUUGUCCACAGUUUGUUUUAACUCUAGUCACCAGUAUUAUCUUGCCCCUUCUGAACAGAUUCCCCUUGAUCUAGCAAGACCGGUCGUCCUGUUCUACCAUGUUCAUGCUAGGCAAAUUUUAGUUGAGUGUCUGCUCUGUCAGAUACUAUGCUAACCACUUUACAUACAAUCUUUAGUUUCUCUGAAUCCUGUUCAGGUGGGUACUCCUCAUUUUACAAAUGAGAAGUCUGGGGUUGAAAGAAGUUAUAAAACUCAUUCAAGGUCACUUAGCUAAUGUGUUAUGGAAUUGAGAUUGGAAGCAGGUCUAUCUGACUCUAGAUUUACUGUUCUUUAUUUGUGCACAUUUCUGCUGCUCAUUUCUAUUUGCUCAAGUUUCCCUAGGCUAAAAAUUUCCCUUCCUCAUCUAAGACCCAGCUCUCUCAGCCAAACAGAUCUCUUUUUCUCUUCUACUUGUCAUCAGUACUGUCCAAAUUGGUAUUUCACUAUGUGCUGUCUUAGAUUCUAAUGUCUUAUGUAAGUCCAGCUAAAUGGCUCUUUGAGGACCAACACUGUAUUUCUUUUAUGUUUUUUAAAUUUUGAAGCAUAUUUAUUUUUGACUAGCUAUAACAUGCUCAUGAUAAAAAAAAAAAAGUUGAAAUAGUUCAAAAAAGGAGACAGCCACUUUUACUGGUUUUGUGUGUUCCUGGAUGUAUUCUUUUUAUAUAUAAGUACUCAGCUUUCAUAAGUCUACCUCACUUAAAACCAUAUUUGCUGUAGAUAACAGUGCAGUUACAUUGCCAACUCCAGAACUUUCUUUCUUCCUCUGAGGUUGUGGUCCACCUUGAGGUCACCAAGGUAACUUAAGGAAAGUAGUGGAGGGUAGUCUGAGAUGUGCAGUCUUGAGACACCUGAUUCCUCUUGUGUUAGAAGAUAGCACUGUGGGACUGGGAAAAUGUAGGCUUUUGUUUUGUUUUCAUAAAAAUGUGUAUAGCUACAACCCUUCUCAUUGUUCCACUACCCCAAUGCAUUUCCAGGCUUUCCCUUCUAUUGUCAUGAUAUUACACAUUCCAGAGUAAGCUGGAGCUUCAGGCAGUAAGCUACUGACUGUUAGAGAAACAAAGGCCCUAUUCAGAGAAGAGUGCUGGACAAAACAGAUGAAAUUUACAUUCCAGACUUCACCUUUAGAGCCAAUUUUCAGUUUGCACUUUGCCUCUGCUCAUUAGGCAUUCCAUUUUAGAAGUUCCCUACCAGGUAAUGUAACUGUUGACUAAGGAGCAAGGAAGAGAAGCCAGAGGCUGGCUUGGACUAACCUAAUACUUCCCGAAAAUUACAAACAUACUAUCUAAUUGCUGAAGCCUAAAACCAUGUAGUAAGGAGAACUUGGCUUAGCAUAGUCCAGUUAGGUUAACCUCUAAUAAGCAUUGAAACUUUAGUACUACACAGAACCAAGGAAUGGAAAUGAGUGAUGUGAACAGGCAUUUGGGGGAAGUUUAUUAGGCAAAUAUCACUGAGCACCUGCUUAUAUGCAAAGCACUGUGCUAGGUGCUGCAUGAACAAUGGUAAGGCAGACCUGCUUCCUGCCUUUCUGGAACAUUCAUCUAGUGAGAAAGACCAAAUAGCAGCAACAAAAAAAAUCAAGUAAUUUAUUAAAAAAUUGCUAAGUGUUAUGAAGGAAAUGAAUGCAGCAGAGAGAGGGAAUGAUGGAGAGGGAGCCUCUUUAUAUAAAUGGUCAGGGAAGGCCUAGACUAAGAGGUAAUAUUAAAGCUAAAUCAGAAUAAGAAGAAGGCACAUGUAUCAAGAAUGGGAAGAACAACCGGCAGAGGGAACUGCUCUGCAGACUCUGAUGUGUGAAAGGUUUGGCAUGUUCAAGAAACCAAAAGUUUUGGGGGUAUAACAUAAUGAUCAAGAUUAGGAGAGGCAUAAGUUAAAUUUGUAGACACAGGUGGACCAGAUCAUUAAAUUCCAUCCUAAGUGAAAAGCCAUUAACGGGUAUUCAGUGGAGGAAUGACAUGUUGGAUUCACAUUUUAGGAUGAUUGCUGACUGAUAAGUAGCCAAUGGCCUGUAGAGGGAGGAAAGUGAAAGGAGACCAUGUUGGAGAUGGCUAGCAAUCCAGAUUGGAGAUGAUAAUGACUUGGAGUGGGUGGUGGUAGUAGAAAUGGAGAGAAAAUGUGUUUAAGAUACAAUUUGGAAAUAAAAAUCAGUGACCUGCUAACAGUGGAUGCAGGAGUGACAGAAUUAGGGAAAGCUUUCUGGUUUGUGGUUUGAGCAUUUAAUCUAAUUGAGAAUUAGACAGCAGACCACUUAUUGGAAUGAAUAAGAGUGGGAAUGGGUUUGGGGAAGGAGAAACUGAGAACUCUGUUAUGGAUUAACAUUUGAGAUAGGUAUGAGGCAUAUCAGUAGAAAUUUCAAGUGGUGGUUGUAUAUGUGGUCUAGAGCUCAGGGCUGGUCAUAUCUAGAUUUUUGCAACUGGAAGUCCUCAAAUGAGCAGAAGGUAUUUAAAGCCAUGGGAAGAAAUGAAUGAAAUCUCCUGGAGUUGCUCUACCAAACACAGCAGCCAGGGGCUAUAUGUAGGUAUUUAAAUUAGAUUUAAAUUAAUUUAGAUUUAGAUUUAAAUACCUAUAUGUAGGUAUUUAAAUUUUUCGGUUCUUAUAUUGACCAGAACAUACUGGAUAGUGUAGACCUAGAACAUUUUCAUCAUUUCAGAAAGUUCUAUUGGAUGGUACUGCCUCCAGCGAGUAUAGCAAAAUAUGAGAACCCAGGAUAGAGCCCUAUGACACACCAAUUCAGUAUGAUUGGUGACAAUUCAAUUGUUGACAUGACAAUUCAAUUCAAUUUAGGGAGUUGCACAGGUGGAAGUGCCAGGAAGAGAUACUAAGAACACUCAGUGAGAGAUUGGCGAUAUUACCAGUGGACACAUUACACAGGCACAGUUAAUAGAGGGUUGAAUGCUUGGACUAGUGCUACAAGGAGGUGAUCAUUAGAAUCCUAAAUAUUAAUAAGCUCCCAGAGUAAGGAUAUGUAUGCUAGAUGACAUCAGUAUCCUAAAAUGGGAGAGAGAUAAUGAAUAGAAGAGCAACCCAUAGAAAUGGAACCACAAAAGAGAAGAAACAGUUUGGAUUAAUGGAGGAGGAUCAUGGAAGUUAAUCAACCCUAGGAACUCUUUUCCUCAAAGAUGGAAAUAUUUGUAGGCAGAGUGGUGGAAUGGCAAGACAAAUUUUAGGAGUAUCGCAAUGAGAGAAUUACCAAAAUACAGCAAAAGAUGUGUAUUUCAGAGGGAUUAAGAAAUAGCAUGUAGAAAUGGAUGCCCCCUACUAAGAGAAUUCCUGACUAGUUUUCUCCUUACCAGAGCCCCAGAGACAGGUACUUGAAAGCCCUGAGCCAAUAUCAAAAGACCGUAGUCUGUGGUGAAGGAUUCAUAACAUGGAAGACCUUCCAAUUUGUAAUGACACUUCCCACGCAUCUCAAAGUCAGAAGAGGAAUGAAAUUAAUACUCACUUCCUAAAUUUUGGAGAAAUUUAAAUAUGAAAGAGAAAUUAGAAGUUUAAGAUACUUUUUGGUAAAUUGCAAUUAGCAAUAUAUUAAAAUCAAAAUUGAUUAUGGUAAAAUUUUGUCUUCAAAGUUUUCAAAAGUAGGAUCAGAAAGUGAGGAAAUGUAAAAAUAGGGUAUAGCGUCAUUCACACAUGAAAAUUAGCUGUUCUGUCCGGAAUCUCUUGGGGGUAACGAAUAAUAAAAUCCCUUCUGUUUUACAACUCAGAGGGAGCUACAGAGUUGUCUUAGAAGCAACUCAGUUGCAAACCAGUAUCUGCAAUUCUGAGCAUGUCUUUGUCAUGGUCAAGUCAGGGUCAAGUCAGGGUUCCAUAUUAUUCAUCUCUGAUUUGGUUCCCAGCAUCCAUUCUCCUUCUUUAUGGUGACAAUAACCCAAAUAAUCUUUGGAAAAACAUCCUUUCUCAGCCACGUGGUUUGGCCUCACCCCCAACUUUCUAAGCCCAGGUCUAUCAACUUGUCCUAUUUGGGUACAGAACCAAGGAGAUACGAGGAGAUAUUUAGUAGGCCUUCUGAAAGAGAGAGGAUUUUCUUUGAAAACAACCAAAGAAGACACUCUCUGUCCUCCUCUAUAUGAUAUGUAGGAAUAUAUGAGGUCUUGAACUAGGGAAACACUUUUUUUUUUUUUUUACUGUUAAAAGGACAAGUGAGGGGGGAGUCUGGAGCUUCCUGGUGUUAGCAUGUGGAGCCUGAGAAUGAAGGCAAUACCAAAGAAGAUAAUGGCAAACUAGAGGAAAAAGUGGGUCCCUGGUGACAUUGAGCCAGUAGUCCAAGCCUUACCUGAGAGAGACUUAACUCUGGGCUUUUCAGCUAUGUGAGCCAAAACACAUCUUUUGUUAAACCAGUUAAAUUUGGAUUUUCUGUCAUUUGCAAAUAGUCAUACCGAUAGAGGCUUGUAUUUGAAAGCAGUGGUUUCUAGUAUAGCACCUUAAUGUUUCAUUUUCUUUUGCUUAAAAGUCACACGAGCUGCUCAUUUGUAUAUCAUCUCAGUUGCUUGGAGUUUGAGUGGCUAAAUAGGCAUGCCCCGUGCCUUAAACUUAAUUUCAUGGAUACCACUAGCCAUAUUUUGUCAUACCUCAGCAUACCUUCCAAAUGUGAAUAUAAUACUCUCCAUUCCAGAUUCUCUAGUGGAUAACUUCCUGUCUUCUUUGACAUAUUUUCUAGGCGCCCCUACCCGACCUAUGUGAAUUUGGGGUUUGCCAUGUCACCUAUAUUUUAAGUUGGUUUCUUGUGAAAUAAUCGGGUAUUUUUCGUA